CUCCGACAACCUAAUUCUUGGAUUCCAUAAUACAGAACGUACAUUCUAAGUAACUUCAUUCAUUCAUUCUUCUUCUUCGUCUAUAAAUGAAGUUACGUGGUGCAAUCUGAGCCAUGUGAUCUUAAACAUUUUAUCCAUUCUCAGCUUUAGAUGAACGGCCAAACUCACCUCCAUUCCACUUUCAUUUUCUUCAUCAUUGGCUUUUGCACUUUGAGAUGUUGCCGUGAAUUGGAGGCGGCUCAAAACACCAGUCAUGGUGUCGCUGCUACAUUGAAUGUCGGCGUGAUUCUUGAUUUGGAUACAUGGGUUGGAAAGAUGAGUGAGAGCUGCAUUUCGAUGGCGGUCGAUGAUUUCUACGCCUCCCAUGAUAAUUACACCACAAGGCUUGCUCUACAUACAAGGAAUUCACAGAAGGAUGUCGUCGUUGCGGCAGCUGCAGCUGUAGACUUGUUGAAAAAUGUACAAGCGCAUGCGAUCAUAGGCCCACAAAAAUCCGCAGCCGCUGAGUUUGUGGUGGAUCUUGGAGAGAAAGCUCAUGUGCCCAUCAUUUCUUUCUCGGCGACGAGCCCGUCCCUCUCUUCCACCCAAACUCCAUACUUUGUCCGGACGGCACAAAAUGAUGCCUCUCAUGUGAAAGCCAUUGCAGCCAUCAUUCAAGCCUUUGGAUGGCGGCGGGCCGUCCUCAUCUACGAAGACACUGAUUAUGGACACGGCGUCAUACCUUACCUUACUGAUGCCUUGGAAGAGGUCAACACACAGGUCCCAUUUAGGAGCAUCAUCCCUCUCUCGGCUUCUGAUGCUCAGAUGCUUGAAGAGCUAUACAAGUUGAAGACAAUGCAAACUAGAGUGUUUGUAGUGCACAUUUCUUCGAAUCUUGCAUCUCGGUUCUUUCCAAUGGUAAGCAAAGCAGAGAUGAUGAGAGAAGGGUAUGUUUGGAUUAUAACAGAUGGGCUAACGGAUCUCUUGGACUCGCUGGACUCCUCCGUCAUUGAUUUGAUGCAAGGUGUUUUGGGUGUGAAACCAUACGUGGAAAGAACGAAGGAGCUCGAUGAUUUCACAGCUAGAUGGAGGAAAAAGUUCCGUCGAGAGAAUCCAGAGAUUGAAACAUUUGAGCUUAGUAAUUUUGGGUUAUGGGCAUAUGAUACUGUUUGGGCACUAGCAAUGGCAGCUGAGCAAGUUGGGACAGUUAGUUCUCCAUUCCAAGAGCUGAAUAAUGAUAAAAAAACGACAGAUUUGGCUACUCUGGGAGUCUCUCAAGUGGGUUCAAAACUUCUCGAUGCCAUUUUGAAGAUCCAAUUUAAAGGAUUGAGUGGUGAAUUUCAACUGGUCGACGGGCAAUCACAGUCGUCGGCCUUCCAAAUAGUCAAUGUGAUUGGGAAAGGGGAGAGAUCGAUUGGAUUUUGGACACCAACAUAUGGGAUUUCCCGGACAAUGAAUGUAGAUCCAUUGAGAACAUACUCAGCUUCCAUGGUGGAUAUGCGGGCCAUCAUCUGGCCUGGAGAAUUGGCAUCUAUACCAAAGGGUUGGGUAGUACCAACAAGUACUGCGACAAAAAUGAGAAUUGGCGUUCCGGUGAAGGACGGGUUCCAUGAAUACGUGAAGGUGGAACGAGAUUCUCAAACAAAUACGACGAGUGUCACCGGAUUUUUCAUUGAUGUGUUCAAAGCUGUGGUAGAGUCGUUACCAUAUGCCCUCUCCUACGAUUUCAUUCCAUUUGAAGGCGCUGACGGACAUAUGGCCGGGACUUAUGAUGAUCUUAUUUACCAAGUCUACCUUCAGAAAUAUGAUGCGGUGAUUGGGGACGUGACGAUCACAGCCAACCGAUCUUUGUACGUGGAUUUCACAUUGCCUUAUGUGGAUUCUGGAGUGUCGAUGGUAGCACCAUUCACAAAUGACCGGAAGAUGAACGCUUGGAUUUUCUUAAAGCCUCUGAGUAUGGGCCUUUGGGUGACGAGUGGGGCCUCUUUUAUCUUCAUUGGCCUUGUGGUCUGGGUCCUGGAACAUCGGAUAAAUGAAGAUUUCAGGGGCCCACCUUCCAAACAGAUUAGCACGAUCUUGUGGUUCUCCUUCUCAACCCUCGUCUUUGCACACAGGGAGAAAGUGGUCAGCAACCUGUCUCGUGGUGUGAUGAUCAUAUGGCUGUUUGUGGUGUUGAUACUAACAUCGAGUUACACUGCAAGCUUAACGUCUAUGCUAACGGUUCAACGGCUCAAACCGACCGUUACAACGGUGGGGGAGCUCCUAAAGAACGGGGACAAUGUGGGUUACCAAAAGAACUCCUUUGUGUAUGGGCUGUUGAAGAGCUGGAAUUUUGAUGACUCCCGGAUCAGGGGCUAUAACACAUCUGAAGAGUAUGAUGAGGCCCUUUCUAAUGGAACCUCGAAUGGUGGGGUCUCUGCUAUUUUCCGUGAGGUCCCAUACGUCAAUAUCCUGGCCAAGUACUGUAAUAAGUAUGCCCUGGUGGGGCCCAUAAAUAAGACCGGAGGAUUUGGUUUUGUAUUUCCGAAAGGUUCACCUUUAGUCUCCGACAUUUCAAGAGCAAUCUUGAAUGUGACUGAAGGAGAGAAAAUGGUGGGAAUAGAGAAAGCUUGGUUUGGGGGCGACGCCGCUUGUCUACAUCAAGUUACCACAAUCACAUCCAAUAGCCUAAGCCUACACACGUUUGGAGGGCUAUUCAUAAUCACAGGAGUCGCUUCGGUUGCCGUCUUCAUCAUAUUCAUUGCUCACUUUCUUUACCAGAACAGGGAUGUUUUGGCUGCGGCCAAUCCCCAGAUGUCGAUUUGGAAACGGCUUGCCAAGCUCGCAGAAAGGUUUGAUCAAGAAGAUAGAUCACCUAGUGUGUCCCAGGAUACUGAAACUAGCCAUGGACAAGAAACUAAUUAUGGCGGCGAUCAAUCGCCGGCUUCUAUACAUGACAUCGAUGUUUCACCCAGAGAGUCCAUCUUUUCCAACCACACAUAUGAAAGCUCCAUUGAGGAAGAGGGUGGGCCAUCAACUGAAGAGCUUGUUAUCAAAACAAGUGAGCCAUCCUUUAAAGAGUUCCUCAAUAGAAAUGAAGAUGUGGCAACCUAGCCUCAACAUUUGCAUGAGAAUAAUUCACCUGUUGGAAAUAUGUGGCCCAACAGACCAUACUCAUGACUAUGUAAAAUGUCACAAGAGUGACUCUUCUUCUAAAUGAAAAAUCAGAAAACAUUUGAAUGUUGCAAAUGCAUGGUUACUGGAGAGUGUAAGAAGUAACAUUGGUUUAUCAUCCCAACUAUUACUUCGGGCAUGAAUGUACACAUACAUAGAAACUCCUAGUGA